AUGGAUAAAUCACACCCAUUGAGUAGCCCAAUGGUAGUUAGGUCACUUGAUGUAGAAAAAGAUCCUUUUCGACCUAGAGAAGAACAUGAAGAGCUCCUUGGUCCAGAAGUACCAUAUCUUAGUGCAAUAGGAGCAUUGAUGUAUCUUGCUAAUUGUACAAGACCUGAUAUAGCUUUCUCUGUCAAUUUAUUAGCAAGAUUUAGUUCUGCUCCAACAUAUAGACAUUGGAAAGGGAUUAAGCACAUACUCCGCUAUCUCCAGGGUACUAUUGAUAAAGGAUUAUUAUAUUCUAAUAAUUGUGGGUCACAACUUAUUGGCUACGCUGAUGCAGGAUAUUUAUCUGAUCCACAUAAAGCCAGAUCUCAAACUGGCUAUUUGUUCACUUGCGGUGACACUGCUAUAUCCUGGCGAUCAACAAAGCAAACUCUGGUGGCUACUUCCUCAAAUCAUGCUGAGAUACUUGCAAUUCACGAGAAAGCACAUUCUGUUGUAGUGCCACGAAUGAUUAUCUCUGUGCGCCUCUCACCUUCACUCGCUCUUUCUCCACUUCUCUUCUCACUUCUCACUUCUCUCUAUUGUCUUUGUCAGCAGUCGGCCGCAUCACCCACACAACUACUCCUCCCUCGGCAGUUGGCACACCCAGCUACGGCCUCCCUCUAUUUUUGUCGACGACUGCAGAGUAUGAGUAGUGAUCUUCCUCUUUAA